AGGCUAGGCUGAAAACAGUGAAAAGAAGGCAGGUGAAGGAAUCUUGGUUGUCCUCUGGAUAAUUAAAGAUUAAUUGGUCAUUCCUUGUGAUUUUCAACAAAGAAUAAUAUGAACAUGGUAAAUUUGUCAAGGGAAAUUUUUCAAAUGCAGAAUGAGUUACCUUCAACUCAGCUCCUAAAUCUUCAUAAAAGGCCUGCUUUUCAAACAGCAGUCAGCAGUUCCUGCUCAGGUAUCACUCAAAAUGAAUGAUUGACUUUUGGUGAAAGUUUGUCAUGUCUGCAACUCUAAAAUCAUGGCCAAUUCUCAGCUUUCUGCCAUCAGACAUGGCAGAUCAAGUUGUGCAGGCUUUUGUGUUUGGAGGUGCUGGAAAUGAAGCCUUGGUUACCUUGUCUUCAGGAGAUGUUUACAGUCUGGGAUUCAAUGGAAAUGGUUGCCUUGGGGUGGGGGACAGCACAAGUACAAUGGAACCAAGAAAAGUAGAAAUUUUGUGUCAAAAAGUUUUGGUUGAUUUUGCAUAUGGUAGUGGACCACAUGUCUUAGCUGUAACAGAUUCUGGUGAUAUUUACAGUUGGGGUCAUGGAGGUUAUGGACAAUUGGGUCAUGGCACUUGUGAGAAAACUAUUCCUGUCCUGAUAAAGACAUGUUUUGGUGACCGGAAAGUGUUGCAGGCAGCUUGUGGGUCAUACCACUCUAUUGCUCUUACUUCUAAUGGUGAAGUUUAUGGCUGGGGCUCAAACAACUGUGGACAGCUUGGCACUGGAAGCACCAAUAACCAAACUAUUCCUAAAAGAACGCUUGGAUUAUUAUCUAGCAAGAAGGUUGCAUCAGUUUCCUGUGGUCAAUCAUUUUCAGUAGCACGGACAGAUGAAGGCGAGUUAUUUGCUUGGGGUUAUAAUGGCAAUGGACAGCUUGGUAUUGGCAACACAACAAAUCAGCACUCGCCAUGUAAAGUGCUUAUUGGUGGUGGAAGAGUUAUUGUCAAAGUUCUUUGUGGAAUGGCACAUGUGCUGGCUCUCUCAGACAUUGGUGAGCUUUAUAGCUGGGGUGCCAACUCAUAUGGUCAAAUCGGUGUUGGCAACACUUUGAAUACGUCUGUGCCGAACCUGAUCAAUUCAGUGGAAGACAGAUGGUCUGACAUUGCAGCACAUCAUUAUACCCACAUAUCGGCUGGCCUAACUGUCUCUAACAAGGUUUAUAUGUGGGGUCAAUGCCAUGGUCUGACGCUGCUUACACCACGGAAAGUUGCUGUCUCUUCCCUUGAUGAAGUUUUUGCUUGCUUUGGAAUGCCACAGGUGAUGUUUAGACCCAUCACUGUUGAUUUGUGCACGGGACAAGGUGUAAAGGAAUCGAUAAAAGAUGCAUUUAAUGACAAGGAAAGUUCUGAUCUGACAUUCCUUGUUGAAGGGGAGCCAAUUUACGUUCAUAAAGCGAUACUCAAAAUAAGAUGUGAGUAUUUUCGCUCGAUGCUGCAGUCACAUUGGGAGGAGUGCCAAAAAAGCGAAAUCGAGAUUUCCAACUUCAGUUUGAUUGUUUUUAAAGCUUUUCUGAAAUUCCUUUACACCGAAGAAGUGGAUUUGCCCAUACACGAGGCAAUAGGACUGCUUGAUCUUGCAAAUUUGUAUUGCGAAGAAAAGCUGAAGCAGAAAUGCGAGAGUCUGAUUUUGCAGAGCAUAUCCGUAGAGAAUGCCGCAAUGUUAAUGGAGGCAGCCAUCAAAUACAACGCCAAGAACCUGGAGGAUUUUUGCUUCCAUUUCAUUGUAUGUCACCUCACUGCUGUGACACAAACAAUCUCCUUUAAGGCACUGGACGGCGAAACGGUCAAAAACUUGAUCAUAAAAGCAAGUGAGGCGGGCGCGUUCAAGCGUUGAGCUUUCUUUGCACGCCAAUAGACAUUAUAGCGUCACAACUCAUAUACGAAGACCAUUUUGACGUUAAGUACGUGAUAUAGAUCACUGUUUCACCUGUAUUAAGUUAUCUGUCUGUAAAGAAGAUAACUAAGCUAGUUGAUGCAGGAUUCAUUAAAGGGAUUGGAAAGAACAAGUCAAAAUCUAUUUGGCUUUAUUGACUGGCUUACAGGUAGAAUUCAGAUUAGUUACCUAGGGUUUGACAAAGGACUAAAUAUGUUAAGGACUGAAUGUGUUAAGUGCAUAAAACAGAUGCUUCUCUUCGUCCAAAAUUAAACAAGAUCUUAUGAUUACGCCCUAAGGAUCAGCCAAAGGUCACAACUACGGUCAUAAAGAUAAAAAUUCAUUGUUGGUCUUUUUUAUUAGAUAAUUGCUAGGAUGUAUGUCUCUUUUGAUAAAAGCAUGUCUCUCUACGCCUUAUAUACCAGCAUGCAAUUUAGUAUAAUCAAGUAUCCCCAGGCCCCCGAAAAUCAAUACGGCAGAAUAUUAAAAACAUAGGUGGUCAACAGCGUCCUAGAUUUUCAAGACAACAUGAAGAAAAAGGGUUUUGUCAAUGAAUCUCGUCAUUGGAAUGAACUGAUAGAGAGUCUUUCCGUUGCCAUAUUUGAACCCAAUUAUGGUGUCUCUUUUCUGUACACAUUGAGCAAAAAUUGAUGAUGACGAAGGCUCGUUGAUAUUUACUGAAUUUUACGUUUUAGGGAAAAUUUAUCUAUAUAUUGCAUACAGACUAUCGAUUCUGAGUAGCACUUCACUUCCAGAUGCAGAUUAGCUGUACCUUAUUGUUAUGGGGGUCAGAUCUCAAAACUAGUAAUUUCCCAGGGACUCAGAUCUGCUUGGUACAGAACUGGAAAACGCUUGAUCGUCUUGAUGAUAUAAAUAUGUGUCUAAUUAGUCUUGUUUUGAUACACAUAAAUGCUCUAUGUUUUUGUAACAAAAUUUUGCUUUAGUUAUUUUUAGAUAUACUUUCAGCUUUUGGUUA